AUGGCCUCGGACACCGAUGAGCCUACAUCCAUCAGAGAACUCCCGGUUGAGCUGGCAGCACGCGUGUGCAAACUCCUUCCAAGGAAGGGCCUACUGUCCUUUCGCCUGGUCAGCAGAUUCUGGGCUGCGGUAACUACGACACUGUUAUCGACCGCAUUGGCCAGGGACCUGCAUCACCUCGAAGUCUUGGUGACUGAAGAUGGAUUGCGCACCUUACACGGCUUUUGUCAGAUCCCUGAGUUUCGACGGGAGAUAUGGACACUCACUUUAUUAUGUCUCCGACCGCCAGUGGUAGCAAACGGACACACACAAUAUGCAGACUCUAUUUACAAUGCCAUCGCAACGUUUCUCCAUUCUGGCAAAGCGCUGGAGAUCCUGAUCAAUAUCUUCAACUCGCUGUCCGCGGAAACCGGCCUUACGGAGGUGAUAAUACGCAACACAAAUCCAGAUUACGCGAAAAGCUACUUCUUACGUCGUCGCUGUGGAGGCCGUACCCUACAAGCUUCUUUACUGGACUGUCGCGAAGAGUGGCUGGCAGACCUGCCGCGCCGUCCGGCGUCGAAAAACAUCUCUAUGGAUUCUUUCAUUGGCCUCAACCGCAGUAGGAGUGUCACCCUGGAAGCUCUGAGAACAAGUCGCUUCACUCGAAAGAUUGUACGCGUUCAUAUCGAGGAAGAGCAAUGCUAUCACUCUUGCACGGAAUUGCUCGCUAGCGAGCAAUACAUCCAAGGAGUGGACAUCAAGCUGGGUCACGAACCGGAAAACACACACCUUGUCAAGCAGUGCUUACGCGACACUGCCAGUGUCGAGCAUUUGCGCAUAAGAGGAUGCCGGACAAGCUUGAAACGACCUGGCGCGUGCUUCACAUGCCACAUGCUCUUCCGACAGCUGACUGAAUUGUCGUACGCUCAUCUCACUACCUUUAUCAUCUCCGGGAUUUCGAUACCGGAGAGGAGUUUGGCGGAUUUCAUUAAGCAGUGCAGUCCCGCCUUAAAUAGGGUCGUUAUCUGCAAUGUCUCAAUUUACAGAGGCAGUUGGUGCGAUACCUUUACAGAGCUACGCCAAAAACGCGUCGAAAAGUUGUCUCUGGGGAACCUCUUGGACUCUGUGGACGAUCGCAACCCUACGACUAUGUUGUUGUACUUAGUAUACGAGAUUAAUCAGGUCGCUGGAAAGGAUAACGUACUGGAUUAUAUCGGACACAUCAUGACCCAGAUGGAAACCGUGAGAGCGAUGAUGCCCAUGACGAGAGAGUUCUACACAGUGCCGAUGCCUUCGAUGCCAUAUCUCAUCUCGCACGAUAUAGAGCUCUUUGACUUCGUUAGCGAUUGA